AUGAUUCCCUCAGCCGCGCCCGUCAACAUGAUGGCCAGCCGGGCCAGCGCUACUCCCGAUGAGCAGGACGACUCUCGCUCCUCGUCGUCCACCGCCUCGCCCGCCCCUGCCGACAACGAAGAGUCCGAUUUCUUUCUCGGCGCCAACGACUCCGAAUCGUCCUUGGGCGUCCCCAACUUCCAGGACAUGCAGGUCGAGGACUCGUGCUGGCCACCCAUCAACAGGCUGCCCAACGAGAUUCUCAUCAGCGUCUUCGCCAAACUCGGUGCCACAUCAGACUUGUAUCACUGUAUGCUCGUAUCCAAGCGAUGGGCUCGCAACGCCGUCGACCUGUUGUGGCACCGCCCUGCCUGCACCAACUGGAGAAACCACAGCAGCAUCUGCCAGACCCUGGGCCUCGAGCGUCCUUUCUUCAGCUAUCGCGACUUCAUAAAACGAUUGAACCUUGCCGCUCUUGCCGAAAAGGUCAACGACGGAAGCGUCCUGCCCUUGGCCGCGUGCACCAGGGUGGAGAGGUUGACGCUGACUAACUGCCGGGGCUUGACCGACUCUGGUCUCAUCGCCCUGGUUGAGAACAGCCCGUCGCUGCUGGCCCUGGAUAUUUCAAACGACAAGAACAUUACCGAGCAGUCCAUAAAUACUAUCGCCCGAACCUGCAAGAGGCUGCAAGGCCUCAACAUCUCCGGCUGUGACGGCAUCUCCAACGAGAGCAUGAUCAACCUUGCCCAGAGCUGCAGAUACAUCAAGAGACUUAAACUGAACGAAUGUGCACAACUACGCGAUAAUGCCAUUCUCGCUUUUGCUGAACUAUGUCCCAACAUUCUUGAAAUCGAUCUCCACCAAUGUGUGCAUAUUGGCAACGCUCCAGUUACGUCACUCCUCUUCAGAGGAACCUGUUUGCGAGAACUCCGGCUUGCCAGUUGCGAGCUCAUCGACGAUGGCGCGUUUUUAAAUCUUCCCGACAAGCGGGUGCGGACAUAUGAACAUCUCCGAAUCCUCGACCUGACGUCUUGCACGCGCCUCACCGAUGCUGCCGUGCAGAAAAUCAUCGACGUUGCUCCCCGGCUCCGCAACUUGGUCCUUGCCAAAUGCCGCAAUAUCACGGAUGCCGCCGUGCACGCCAUCUCGAAGCUUGGCAAGAAUCUCCACUACGUUCAUUUAGGCCACUGCGGGCAAAUCACCGAUGAGGGCGUCAAGAAGCUUGUGCAAAGCUGCAAUCGCAUUCGGUACAUUGAUUUAGGCUGUUGCACAAACUUGACAGAUGACUCUGUAGAGCGACUGGCAUUACUACCAAAGCUGAAGAGAAUUGGUCUUGUCAAAUGCAGUUCCAUUACCGAUCAAUCCGUCUUUGCCUUGGCUGAAGCUGCUUAUCGGCCCAGAGUACGGAGAGAUGCUAGCGGAGUGUUUAUCGGAGGGGAGUACUACACGCCGAGCCUGGAGCGCGUCCAUCUUAGCUAUUGUAUUAAUCUGACCCUAAAGAGCAUCAUGACGUUGCUUAACUCGUGCCCGAAACUCACUCACCUUAGCCUGACCGGCGUUGCCGCAUUUCAACGAGACGAUUUCCAAGCGUACUGCAGAGUUGCGCCGGCUGAGUUCACACAGCACCAGCGCGACGUCUUCUGUGUCUUUUCUGGCAGUAUGGUCUCGCAGUUCCGUGACUUUCUGAACAACUCGCCGCGAUUUGAAGAGCUCAGGGAAAGUCUGCCGUAUCGAGCCGGUGCCAGUCGGAUCAGAGGCGCGGCAGCCAGACGUUCGCAGACUAUGGCCGAUUAUCUCAACAACGCCGCCGAAGGUGAAGGUUUUGAUGACGAAAUGGCCGACGAAGAGAACGACUUUGAGGGCCUCGAUGGAACCGACAUGGCAGUCGACCCAGCAGCUCAGAACCCGUCACUUAUUCCUACUGCACUUGGAGAACUUGGCCAAGCCACGACUUUACCGCCUGCCUUGACUUCGAUUCCUAUACCACCAACGCCGCCUGCACCGCCAGGGAUCAUGCAGUAUGCGGUUUCUACAUUUGGUCAUGCCCAUCCGACGGUUCAAUCUUUGGACAAUUCACUUUCGCGGUCGCAGCCGCCAUUGGCUUUCUCUACCUUCAUCACUAACCAACCGGCGACUGGGAAUCCACCACCUAGCGCUAAUGGGCGAGCGGAGGCAAGCAUAGGCAAUUUGACAGUGUCUCCCAUUCCUCAACGGACGAGGUCACUGAAUGGCGCUGGACCCAGCACAGCGCGCCUGCGUCGGCCGCCUCCAGAUGACGAUGAGCAGUGA